AUGAUUGGAGUAAAAACACGUUUUUAUAUUACAGAUAAUUCUGGUGCUAAAGAAGGGGAAUGUAUUAAGGUUUUGAAUAAAAAAUAUCAACACGCUAAGGUAGGAGAUUUUAUAGUAGUUGCUAUAAAAAAAGUAAGGUUGCGUAAAAAAAUCAAAGUUAAAUUACAUGAUGUAAGAUUUGGUAUAAUUGUAAGAACAAAAAAAAAUGUUUGUAGAUACAAUGGAAUACAUAUUUCAUUUGAAGAUAAUGCAAUGGCAUUAUUAGAUAAAAAUUUAAAUCCUAUUGGUAAUAGAGUAAGUGGCCCCUUAUCGUAUGAAAUAAGAGUUAAAAAAUUAAUGAAAUUGAUUUUAAUUUCUCCAAGUAUUUUUUAA